CAGGAGAAUGCCUCUCAGAAGGAGCUCCUCAAGAAGCAGGAGGCCGAGCUCGUGGAUCUUCGCAGCCGGAUGUGGGCCGUGGAGCAGGCCAAGGUGGAACUCCGCCAGACGGGCGUGGACAAUCAUGUCCCUAUUUAUGAGGCCGAUGUUGCCAAGAUCAAGGAGUCUGGUUCCAUUGCCUUUCAGAAAUCCAAGGCUUAUACUGGCGCCAUCCACACCAUGGCUAUGAAGUUCCUCCCGCGGCUCGUUGGCGAGUUCCUGGCCACCUGCCCGGAUGCCUACCAGGAUGGGGUUAAAUUGCUCCAGGCCACCCCCACCGGACGUCGUUUCCUUGACGAUCUCGCCGAUGACACCUACCGCAAAGGUAUGGUUGGGCUAGUAGCGGAGAAUCUCCCGACGUUCGAGCGUCACUUUGGGGCUCCCUUCGAUCCGGAGGCGGCUGGUUUUGACGUCUCGAUGGCAGAUGCUCAUGCAGGGGCCCUUGAGCUGCUGAAGGAGCAAGAGGAAGCCGCUAAAAGUGACAAGUCCAAGCAGGCCCCUUCCCAAGUUCCAGCUCCGGACGCCGAUCGGCUGUGAUUCUCCGUUCAUUAUCUUGUACUUGUACAAUUUUUCAUUUUUUUGUAUUGUACCCUCGUACAUUGUAAUUUUCCGGCCAAUAGUGCCGAGGAAUAAAAAUCAUUCUUUGCUCCAUGCUCGUCUGGCAUUUUUUUUUUUUUUUUUCUUUUUUUUUUUUUUUUUUUUGGAGUCUUUUAGUCUUCGUUCGUCCCUGGUCCUUGGUCCUACCGGCGUCCCUACCUCGAGGAGACGUUCGGUAUCCGCAGACAUCGCAAGGAAGAACAGGUUUAUCUACAUCGAGAUUCCCCCCUUUUUUCGUUCGUCCGUGGUCCUUUUAGCCUUACCGGCGUCUCUUGCUUCGAAGAGGACGUUCGGUACCUAAGGAACUCGCAGGGACGAACAGGUUUACCCUCACGGGUUCCCGUCUUCGUUAUCCCACGUCCAUCGAUCCAUGGUCAUUUGUGGGAUAAGCAGGUUUAUCUUGGCAGGCUCCCUUGGUUCGUCUAGCCCCCUCCACGUCUCUACUAAUCUCUACAUCGAGAGGUGUUCGCCUUCGGCGGUGGGGGAAGAUCUGGCACACCCGGGCAAGAUUCCCUUCCGUGUAGGAGCUUCUCUCCUCUUCUCCCCAUCUCUUUUUUUUUUUUUUUUUUUUUUUUUUUUUUUUUUUUUAAGGGAGGUAAUCUUCGUUCGUCCUUGGUCCUUGGUCCUACCGGCGUCCCUACUUGAGGGGACGUUCGGCAUCCGCAGACAUCACAAGGAGGAACAGGUGUAUCUGCAUCGAGAUUCCCUGUGCUUCGUUCGUCCUUGGUCCUUGGUCCUACCGGCGUCCCUACUUCGAGGAGACGUUCGGUAUCCGCAGACAUCACAAGGAGGAACAGGUGUAUCUGCAUCGAGAUUCCCUUCUUUAGCCGUCGUUGGCAAGAAAACAGAAGUGAUGUAAAAAACAGGGGGCCUUUAUCAUUGACGACGUCCGGUCAUUUUACAUGGGAGUGGAAAUACAACAAGGACAUCAGCCUCUAACUAUUGAUAGAACUUCUUCAGGUGUUCUACGUUCCACAUCCCGGCAUGGUCCCCCUCCAGGGUGUGGAGGAGGAACGUCCCCUGGUUAUAUCUUCUGAUGACCCGGUAAGGCCCUUCCCAGUUCCUCGCCAUCUUGCCGCCCUCGAGCGGCUUGCUCUUCUCUCUUUUCCUGAGUACGAGGUCCCCGGCCUCUAUUUCGCGGAAUUUCACGGCUUUGUUGAAGUAUCUCUGGGUGGCCCGGUGAUAUUCUUCCAUGCGACGAGCCGCUAGGUCCCUCCGUUCCUCAAUGAAAUGGAGCUCCGCUCGUAGGUUGGUCUCGUUGUCCUCCGGCUGGAAGUGCUUGGUGCGGUGUGUAGGUACCAAUACUUCCGUCGGUACCUUAGCUUGGAACCCGUAAGCUAAGGCGAAAGGGGUCUCCCCAGUCGCCGUUCUGGGCGUUGUCCUAUAUGUCCACAAGACAUAAUUCAGCUGUUCCGGCCAGGUAGAGGCGUAGUCUUCUAACUUCUUUUUGAUUCCGUCCAUGAUGGUCCGGUUCAUGUUCUCCACUUGGCCGUUGGCUUGCGGGUACGCCACCGAGGCCUUAGAGUGCCUGAUGCCCCACUUUGCCAAAUAUGCCUCGAAGCCUCUGCCGACGAACUGCCGGCCGUUGUCAGUGAUGAUCUGCUCUGGGAUCCCGAAACGGCAGAUGAUGCUCUGCCAGACAAACUUCUGGCAUUGGAACUCAGUAAUGGAGGCCAAUGGUUCGGCCUCGACCCACUUCGUGAAAUAAUCAACUGCCACGAUGACGAACUUCCUUCCUCCAGCAGCCGUGGGCAGAGGACCCAGCAGGUCUAUGCCCCACCUAGCAAAAGGUAGUGCGAU